AAUCUUCUGAAGCCUAACCCUCCCCUCUCCACCACCACCCCCCUUUCCCAUCCAGUUUCAGAGGUGUCCUCGGAUAUUCCUUCCUCUUUUUCCCCGGAAUCUGUCAGCAUUCCCGACGGGACGCAGCCAGCUUGUAUCCAUGCCAAUCCUUUGAUAUUAGCUCCCGGUGUCGUCUGCUUCAUUCUGUGGCGGUGCAGGCAGCCAGACGACCGUUCUCCAUGAGGAGCAGUGGAAGAUGCCGGCUCUGCCAGCGCUGCUGCUGUCGAUUCACCUCCUCUUCCUCCUCCUGCUGUUGCUUCUGCUGACCAUGGCCCCGUCCUCUCACAGCCAGGCGCCCGCUCUCGCAGCUGUCAGGAUGGCUGCUAUUUUAGAUGAUCAGUCAGCGUGUGGACGUGGAGAGCGGUUGGCAUUGGCUCUGGCCCGAGAGAACAUCAACAGUUUGAUGGAGGGUCCGGCACGAGCUCGCGUGGAGGUCGACAUCUUUGAGCUGCAGAGAGACUCUCAGUACGAGACCACAGACACAAUGUGUCAGAUCCUGCCAAAGGGAGUGGUCUCCGUCAUCGGUCCUGCCUCUAGUCCCGCUUCCGGAUCCACCGUCAGUCAUAUAUGUGGGGAAAAAGAGAUCCCUCACAUCAAGAUCGGUCCUGAGGAGACUCCACGCUUGCCGUAUCUGCGCUUUGCCUCAGUGACGCUGUAUCCUAGCAACGAGGACUUAAGCUUGGCCAUUGUUGCCAUCCUGCGCUCUUUCAGUUAUCCCACGGCCAGCUUGAUUUGUGCCAAAGCAGAGUGCCUGCUGCGAUUGGAGGAGCUUGUGCGUCACUUCCUUAUAUCUCGGGACACACUUUCAGUCAGAAUGCUUGAUGAAAAUUUGGACCCCACCCCGCUGCUGAAAGAAAUCCGUGAUGACAAAGUUGCGACUAUUAUCAUCGAUGCCAAUGCAUCAGUGUCAAUACUAAUAUUAAAGAAGGCGUCAGAAUUAGGCAUGAUGUCAGCCUUCUACAAGUACAUCCUCACCACAAUGGAUUUCCCUCUGUUGAGGUUGGAUGAUGUGGUCGGUGAUCAGUCAAAUAUCGUCGGCUUCUCCAUGUUGAACAGCAGUCAUCCUUUCUACCUAGAGUUCAUCAGGAGUCUAAACCUGUCGUGGAGGGAAGGAUGUGAGCUCAGCCCCUACCCUGGUCCAGCGUUGUCAUCUGCGCUGAUGUUCGAUGCAGUGCAUGUGGUGGUCGGAGCAGUGCGAGAACUGAACCGCAGUCAGGAGAUCGGAGUGAAGCCUCUGAGCUGCACGUCUUCACUCAUCUGGCAGCACGGCACAAGUCUCAUGAACUACCUGCGCAUGAUAGAGUAUGAUGGCUUAACAGGCCGCGUGGAGUUUAACAGCAAAGGCCAGAGGACCAAUUACACACUGCGUAUUCUUGAGAAAUUCAAGGGGGGUCACAAAGAGAUCGGUGUCUGGUACUCCAAUAACACGUUGGCUAUGAACUCCACGUCUUUAGACAUCAACGCGUCUGAGACUUUAGCUAACAAGACGCUCAUCGUCACCACAAUACUGGAAGAUCCAUACGUGAAGCGCAAGGCGAACUACCAGGACUUUCAGGGUAACGAUCAGUAUGAGGGAUUCUGUGUGGAUAUGCUGCGGGAGAUGGCAGCCAUGCUGAAGUUUUCCUUCCGGAUCAAGCUGGUGGAUGAUGGGCUGUAUGGAGCUCCAGAACCUAAUGGCUCAUGGACCGGCAUGGUGGGGGAACUCAUCAACAGGAAAGCAGAUCUGGCAGUGGCUGGAUUUACCAUCACAUCGGAGCGGGAGAAGGUCAUCGACUUCUCCAAACCUUUCAUGAACCUUGGCAUCAGUAUCCUGUACCGCGUCCACAUAGGCAGGAAGCCAGGUUAUUUCUCCUUCUUGGAUCCCUUUUCGCCAGCUGUCUGGCUAUUCAUGCUUUUAGCCUAUCUGGCUGUUAGCUGUGUGCUCUUCCUGGCUGCCAGGCUGAGUCCGUAUGAGUGGUACAACCCCUUCCCAUGUUUGCGGGACCGCAGGGACCUUCUGGAGAAUCAGUACACACUGGGGAACAGCCUGUGGUUUCCGAUCGGUGGUUUCAUGCAGCAGGGCUCAGAGAUCAUGCCCCGGGCUCUGUCCACACGCUGUGUCAGCGGCGUUUGGUGGGCAUUCACACUGAUCAUCAUUUCCUCCUACACGGCGAACCUUGCAGCUUUUUUGACGGUCCAGAGGAUGGAGGUGCCAAUCGAAUCUGCUGACGACUUGGCCGAUCAGACAAACAUCCAGUAUGGGACUAUUCACGGAGGAAGUACUAUGACCUUCUUCAUGAACUCGCGCUACCAGACGUACCAGCGCAUGUGGAAUUACAUGUACUCCAAGCAGCCCAGCGUGUUCGUCAAGAGCACGGAGGAGGGCAUAGCACGGGUUUUAAACUCCAGGUACGCCUUUCUUCUGGAAAGCACCAUGAACGAGUACCACCGACGCCUCAACUGCAACCUCACACAGAUUGGAGGCCUGUUGGACACCAAGGGCUACGGCAUCGGCAUGCCUCUGGGUUCACCAUUCAGAGAUGAGAUUACAUUAGGCAUACUGCAGCUGCAAGAGAACAACAGAUUAGAAAUCCUAAAGCGUCGAUGGUGGGAGGGUGGAAAGUGUCCUAAAGAAGAAGACCACCGAGCCAAAGGUCUAGGUAUGGAGAAUAUCGGCGGGAUAUUUGUUGUGCUGAUAUGUGGGCUCAUAAUAGCUGUUUUUGUAGCCAUUAUGGAGUUUGUGUGGUCCACACGCCGCUCGGCAGAGACAGAUGAGGUACGCCCUCACUCCUGCCCCAUCCGAAACCACAGACACUCACGAGUGUCGGUAUGUCAGGAAAUGAUGACUGAAUUCAGAGACGUUAUCUCCUGUAAAAAGAACUCACGGUUGCGGCGCCGGCGACCCCUCUCGUCCCAGGGCAUCCUCCGGCACCCGGCCCGUCUCCCUUUAGGAGCUCCUCGUCAAAUGCGCCUCGUGCGGGAGAUGCGUCUCAGCAACGGCAAACUCUACAGCGGGACAGGACCGUUAACUGGCGCCGCAGCAGGGCCGGGACUUGGUGGGGGCGCUGCGGAAAUGGGCCCUGGCCCCCAGCGACUGCUGGAGGAUCCUCUCGGCGCCAGUGUCCCCGGUAGCACACCUGCUCUGGUCUCCACGGCGGUGCCCCGCGGCUGCACACACGUGAGGGUGUGCCAGGAGUGCCGACGGAUCCAGAGCCUCCGCUCUACGUCGUCUUGCUCACGCAUCUCACCACUGGCCUCCGCCACGUCCUCUCUCCCUCGUUUGCCACCGCCGCCCACCUCCACCUCUAAUACAAACACUGACAGCGAGGGAGGAGGCUCAGACAGCCCACGCAGGGCCAAACCCACACCCCCUCCAAGGCCGCUGCCGCCCACUAAAACUCCCUCCACUGAUCUCCUCUGCCAGCAGGACUGAGAACAAGAGUAAGGAAACUUUUGUCGGGACGAAAAUAUAAUGUAAAUGAGUGCUGGAGGACAGACGGAAACACUCUGCCCACGCCUUCUGUCAAAGUGACCUCUGGGAUACUGCAAAUAAAGGCCAUUUUUGGAUGCAAAAUUACACUGAGUGAGAGCGAGAUGAUUCAGCCAACCGCUUGUUGUACAAGUGUCUGGUUUUAACACCA